AUGACUGUUACGAUGGCAGGCAGCGAGGAGAUAGAACUGAAGCGUAUGUCUACUCCUCUUCAAGACUUUGUGCCAUCGACGAUACGGUUCCGAAAUGUAGUUUAUCGCACGAAUGAAAAGGAAAUACUGAGCAAUAUCUCUGGUCGAUUCCAACAUGGUCGCUUGGUAGCACUGAUGGGUCCUUCCGGAGCGGGUAAAUCUUCUCUCCUGAACGUAUUAUCCGGAGCGCAGAUGUUCGGUAUGCUCGGGACCGUGACCAUCAACGGUGAACCGGUGGAGGAAAAUGAUCCACGCAGUGUGUACGUCGAACAGGAGUGUCCGUUGCUGAUGUUUCUUACCGUUCAAGAAACGAUGCAGUUUGCGGUCGACAUGAAGAUGCCACAACAGGCUCUAAAGUCGGUAAAGCAAGCGAAAAUUGACGACAUCUUGGAAAUGGUAGGCUUGAACGAUGCCUGCAACACCGUCGUCAGGAACCUCUCGGGGGGAGAGCAGCGUCGGCUAGCGGUGGCAGUGGAAUUGAUCACAAAUCCACCGAUCAUGCUGCUCGACGAACCUACCAGCGGGCUGGAUAGUGUAUCUUCCACCCAAGUCAUCUCGCAUCUGAAGUCACUGGCCAUGAGUGGUCGGACGAUCGUUUGCACGAUACACCAGCCGGCUUCUAGCCUGUUUCAGCUGUUCGACGAUGUGUAUUUACUGCGCCAAGGCCGAUGCCUAUAUACGGGUCCGGUGGAGAACAUGCUCGUUAGAUUCGCACGUGUUGGACUUCGCUGUCCGGAAUACUAUAACCCGGCCGACUUUGCACUGGAAUCCAUAUCCUCUAAUCAACCCGAAGCACUCAGGAUGCUGUGUCAGUUGGUGGAUGAGGAGAUGCGCAACAUCAAUGCGGGAGCUCCAUCAAGCCCUACGACGCUCGCUGCUCAACUGAUUCCCGGGAAAAGCAUCGCACGUUAUCAAACCGCAUGCUACUACCAACUUUACACACUGCUCAAACGGUCGGUGCUAUCGUCUGCUCGUGAUGAGUUUUUCCUGAAAAUUCGUCUCGGCAUGCAUCUUGCUUUGGGUCUCGUGUUUGGUGCUGUACACUACAACGCUGGUUCUGAGGCAUCCAAAGUGCUGGCCAACGUUGGUUGCUUUUUCCAGCUGUUUGCCUUCGUGUACUUCACCAAUGCAGUGUCGGUAGUGAACUAUGCGGACGAAGUGAAGGUCGCGAUCAAAGAAAUCGCCAACAAUUGGUACAGCCGCGAAGCGUACUUUUUCGCCAAACUCAUCCACGAUCUUCCGUUGCAGCUGUUUUGUCCAUCGUUUUUACUCGCGAUCGUGUACUAUCUCACCGGACAGCCCAUGGAGUGGACGCGGUUUGGAAUGCUGCUCGGUGUGUUCGCGAUCGGUGGUGUGAUCGGUCAAAGUUUGGGCCUGAUAGGGGGAAUCUGUUUCGACGUGAAGAUGCAAAAUUUCUUCGUAGCGAAUGCGUGUAUUGUGCCGAUUCUGUUUUCGGGGUUUUUCGUAAACGCCGGUGAUAUGAUCUCGAUCCUGCGACCACUCAGCACGGUUUCGUUCUUUCGGUAUCAGUUCUACGGUGCGAUGCAGGCACUGUACGGUUACGAUCGGGAUACUAUACCGUGCGGACAGGUGUACUGUUACUACAAGAAACCGUCCACCAUACUGGAACAGUUUGAUAUCGAUGCGUACGGGUAUGGGACGAGUAUUACGAAAGCGUUGGUACUGGUGCUGAUAAUGCAGUUGAUUAUAUAUGUCGGGUUUAUGGUGCGAUUGAGACGAAUAAAGUGAUACGGUGGGAGUGGUUGUUUCG